AUGGCUGGGAUAGAGUCAAUGGAUGUCGACCAGAUCUUGAACCGCGCACUAAACGAGCUUGCCAGUGCAAUGCUGACCGUGACUGCCAGCCGGCUCCGCUCGAGGGUCAUUACUGAGCAAUCCAAGGCAUCCGAGCAACGGAAUGCUAAGGAGAUUAAGGAUAUUGAAGAGAAAUAUAAAGAGCAGCUUGAGGUGGCUCAGAAGGCAAAUGCGACAUUGCUCGAGGAGAAAAAUAAACUGGUCGAGGAGAUGGAGCAAAAGCAGGCUUCUCUGAAUAAAGCCCUUGAGGCAAAGGAGAAGUACAAAGAGUCCCACCUCAUAAAUUUUCGCAAAGCCAAAAGACUCGAGGCGGACCUGAUCGAGACCAGGCAAGAGGCUGAUAAGUUGGAGGCUCGCAUCAAGGAUCUCAAAAAAACCAACGCCAGCAAUCUUGAGAGGUACAAGGGCGCCACGUCCAAGUGCUUCUAUGAUUUCUGGAAACACAACCAAGGGGCCAAUUUCAACUAUCUGUUUGAGCGCAUGCGGCAAAUAGAAAUAGCUCGGUGCGUUGCUUGCUUGGAAGAAGAAGAGAGAGCGAAGACCCCAGCCUCGCCCGAGAUAUCCUUGGCCACUGGCGUUGAAGGCAUAGAGAACGAAGUCGAAGCUACAGUCGACCAGGAAAAUCCAUAA